AUGGCGCCCGUCGAUCGCCGCGAGCAUCGACAGCAGCGCGUGCGCGGUGCCGGCCCUUCCUCAGUACAAGCGACUUUUGGCUUCAGUUUCGGCGCUCUCGGUGCAGCCCCUGCUAAACAAUCCUCCCUUCCUCCUCUGCCGCCCUCUCGUCGAACCCCAGUCCAAAGUACACCGCGUGCCCCGAAUGGCUCAGCACAGCGACACAGAAGCGCGUCGCUUCAACGCAGCAGCGCGUCAAAACGUAGGAGCUCACCAAAAGAGAAGACAGCUACCCCGCGGUUGGGCAAGCGAAAGCGGGCUUCACCUACUGCGCAGUCGGAUAUCGUUGAAGGAGAAGAGGAUGAACUGAGCCCAAACCGCGAGGAGAUUGCGCGCUCGGUCGAAAAGACCAAGAGAGUGGUUGGGACUGCCUCCCCCGCACGUGAGGAACAGGACAAUGGUCCGGAUGAGCUCUCGGUGCUGGACGAGGGUGCGAGCAAUAUGCGCGAGGCAGUGUUCGCUAGAUCUACAGUGAUGAAACGGACACCACCUCAAGCAGCGAUACAGCAGCGGGCGCUCUCCGGAAGCGCAAGGCAAAAGACACCGACCACAGGCACAAAUGGGACAACAUCAGCAAGGUCACGGCGCUCCAUAUCAAGACGAUCCAAGUCAACCGAUCCUGUCCCGGAAACUCCUAGUCUACUCCCGAGCGGACAACCAAGAAAGUCGGCCUCCCGAAUUGAUGCCUACUUGAACACACCAGCGGCGGCGCCAGCCGAGAAUGAGAGUGAAGACGAGCUUUCACCCCAAAUGCCUGUGGCUACGCCGCGCGUGGUCGGGAGUGAAAUACAGCCACAGCAAACACCGCAAGAGGAGACAGAAAUCACUGUCGAUGAGCUAUCCCCACAGAUGCAGCCAACAUCAACUCAGGAAAUCCUGACAACAUCACAGCCAGUCGAGGUGCAUGUAGCAAAUGGGGAUGUUGGGGAGCAAGCCACGGAACAACAACUCGCGAAACGUGGACGUGGCAGACCGCGAUUAUCGGAUGAGCAUCACCCUGAAAGUGACACCCCACCAGUGGCUUCGGCGAAAUCUGUAAAGCGUACCAGCCCUCGUGAGGAAUCCAAUGUCCGAGAGAGCGAGCCCCAAGAAACACCAGCGAUUCGCAAAUCUGUUAAAAAGAAGAACAAAGGGCCUACCACCGAAAUCGCUGGUGAAACUGUCGAUGACCUCUCACCUGCCCGUGGCAAGGCAUUUGCACGAUCACCGCAGCCUACAAGACAGAGAGAUAGUGUAGAAGUCUCCAGUGCACACGAAGCAUCAGCCGGAGAAGGAGAUUCUGCGCUAGAAGAAGAAGCGGAACCCACCCCUCAACCCGUCCCUAAGCGAUCUGCUCCCGAGCAAGCCCCACGCGUUAAGCCUUCAACGGAAAAACCACCCCGCAAGCGGCAAAAGCUUGUGGGGCCGACACAUACUAUCUCGGUGAUGCGCAUAAAAGGCUCUACAGUUAGGGGUGUUACUGCGGCAGACAUCACGCGGUCAAUCCUAGAAGAUAGCAUUGACCAUCGUCUCAAACGCAUGGCUGAAAAGCUGCAGAAGUUGCAGGAUUCGGACAGCCGAAAGGAGCUACGAAGCCAGAUCAACAUGUCGAUUACCUUCAAGGAGAGCUUAAAUGAAAAGCUGAUGGAUUUACAAGAUGCUAACGACGUAUUAAGCACGAACUUCCAGAAAAUAAAGCUGCUGAGACGCGCCAAUGCCGAUCUACGCAAAGAGAUGCUCGGCCUCCAGAACAGUAGACAGGAAAUCGCCAUGGAGCAGGACGAUAUCCAGACACAGUACCAUGCUGAGAAGGCCAGGGCGGACGCGCAGAAUACGCUCAGCGACAACCUGUUCGCUAUCGAGGCUGCGAUAAAAAAUGGUCGUGCUAAGGCGCGCGAGGAAGGAAGAGAAAACGAGGGUCCAGACAUGCCACUGAGCAUGCUACUAGACGGCGUAGCGAAGGAUGUCGGAUCGCGUGGUGGUGGGCUUUUGGCCAAUGUCAAAGGCCUCAAUGGGCUUCUAGAGCGGGCUGCGAGCUGGCUAGAGGGAAGAGCCUAA